CGUCUGUGCGUCGCGUGCAUCUGGCGGCAGGUGCUUGUUUAUGUUUUCAAAUAUCACAAUUCUUCAGGGAAAGGUGAAGUAAUAAGAACUGCCCAAUAAUUGCCUUUGGCAUGCCACUGAUAGAAAACGACCGCGGGGAGACGGAGGAAGAAGAAAUGGACCACGAUCCGGGGGACAGCGACAAAUCGUCCGACGAUGAAACGGGAUCGGCAACAUCGGAGGGGGAAGACGAAGAUACCUCGGAUCUUGAUGAGGAGGAGAGCGAGCGACGGAGAAAUGAAUGCCUUGAUGAUAUGACUGAACUGGAAAGACAGUUCAGUGAAUUAAAAGAACAACUGUACAGAGAGAGGAGUGCACAAGUAUCAGAAAAGUUAGAGGAGGUGAAGGCAGGAAAAGCAAUAGAAUACUUAAACCCACUGGCUCAGUUACAGGAUAACAUGAGGAUUCGCACACAGGUGGCAGGAAUUCUUCGAGAAUUGCGGAUAGCUUGUAUUAAGAAUAGAUUUGAAAGUGAGGAGCUGUCAUCAUAUCAGAACAUGGAGAGUGAGAAGAUAAUCUUGUAUGAUACUGUGAAGCAAGAGCUUGAAGAGAAAAUCCGUCGUUUAGAAGAGGAUAGGAAUAACAUUGACAUUUCCUCAGAUUUAUGGAAUGAAUCUCAGAGUCAGAAAAAGAAGAAAAAACCAACAGACCCUUUCAACCCAGACAGAAGGAGAAAGCCUGUCACCAUUUCUGGUCCAUAUAUUGUCUACAUGUUGAAGGAGCUAGAAGUCAUAGAAGACUGGACAGCUAUCAAGAAGGCCCUCAAGCAGCAAAGUCAAAAGCGCAAACCAGAAUUAUGACAAUCAGCCGCUGUCAAACAGAAGAAAGUUGUUUGACAGCCAUCAACAUACAGCAACAAGCUGAAAAAAUACUAUUUUCGGGAGUCGGCCAUUGUGAUUGAUCACCCAAUCCAAGAUGGCCACCAGAUCACUAUGGAAACAGAAGUGUUGUGAAGGACAGGGUUGCCAAGAGGUUGUGACAUAGCAUGCAAAUGUACACCCGAAUUGUUGACAAUAGAGUUCUGCAGAACUCUUCCCAGUUAAAUGUGAUUCUGUGUUCAGCUCACCAGUCUAUCCUUGGCAAGUUGUUUGAACCUGCAAACUCAACCUCUGUUGUUAUUGUUUCGUAUCUGCGGUGAUGCAUCACCGAUUAGUGUGGACCAUCGUCAUGGACUGCUGAACAUGUUCCCCGGACACCUACACCCACAGCAAGUGUGUGCACAUUUUGAGACUGAACUCUUACAGCAUUGCUCUAUACCGCAUGUGGUGUUAAGGUAACCAAGCUGAUCAAACUUAGCCAGGAAACAUGCUACAGUUAGGGUGUGAUGUAUGAAUCUCCGGCACGGAAUAAAUGCAUGUAUUGUGCUCAAGUCUCUUGAUGUUAAGAGUGACACAGAUCACCAAUUGAAAGUCAAUUACAUCCCUUCCAGGAUCCAAUCGCGGGUUUGAAACCUCAAAAUUUGUCUCAUUAUUAUCCUUGGUUUGUCGGCGCCAUACACAUGGGUUCAACCAAAAUGUCCCAAGACCUGCAUCACUUUAAUCUUUCCUCCCAUGUUAAGCUGGCAGCCAUGAUAUAACUGAAAUACUGUUCAAAAGUGGCAUUAAUUAACCCAACUCAUAUGCUUGUCGUAAGAGGCGAGUAACAGGAUUAGGUGGUCAGACUCGCUGACUUAAUUUAUGCAUGUCAUCGUAUCCCAUUUGCGUGGAUCGAUGCUCAUGAUGUCAAUCACUGGAUUGUCUGGUCCAGACACGAUUAUUUACAGACCGCCGUCAUAUAGCUGGAAUAUUGCCAAGUGCGGCGUUAAACAACAAACAAAACUUACUUGAUGUUCACCCCAGUUGAUCCUUCCAUGACAUUGCUAGCUGCAAAUCUGUACAAUGGAGAAGUUACAAUUUAGGAGAGUUAAUUUUGUCAAGCUUUCUGGAUGUGUGACCUCCAUAACUUCAUUCUGUUUGAGUUUGUUGGUGUUAUAUAUUAAGACAGCGGUUGAAAUCCCUAAACUGUCUUAAUAUUGAUACCACAGCUUUUAAAAUGCCGGGGAAUGGGUGGCCCAGUCGUCUAAGACACCACAAUUUGCUGUGCAGAGUUGCAUCCCUUGGGUCUGUCAGGAUCCUGUGGUUGUGGGUUCGAAUCUCAGUUCGCCCCGAUUAUGUUUAUAGGUUUGU